CCGCCAUUUAAUUAUUGUGUUCACUCCGUUUUCCACAAGUUGUCUAGCGGUGUCGUCGCCGCAGUAAAUAACAGCGUUUUGCGGUUAUUCUUUUAAGUAAACUCUCUACGUCGUAGAGCCAGGGUCAACGGCAUUGUUUCAGGAUUUUUGAGCAAUCGUUUCAAGCAGACUAACAGUUCUCCACUCAGUCUCUGAACCACGAAUGAAUAACAAUCCAACUACUCUUGGUUGAAACGGUUUUCUCUGAGACAUUAAGAUCAAAUUCAAUCAAGGUUGUCACUUUUACUUAAAUUGACAACAGAUACCACACGCAAUUCYAAGUCUUGCAUUAUCAAAGAACUAUACUUCAAAUUAUAGUCUGCAAAAAAGAUGGCUGGCAUACACAAAAUAAAUGGAAGGGUAGAAUCUAAUGCUACUAGACAAAAAAAAUUUAUUAGCUCUCAAAUGAAUACAGUAUUUGAAAACCUACAAAAUUUACGCAAAGAUGAAGUUUUUUGUGACGUGCAGCUCCAAACAAAUGAUGGUACAAUUAUAUCCGCUCAUAAAAAUGUUUUAGCAUCUGGAUGUCCAUAUUUUUUUUCUAUGUUCAAUCAAUUCAAUGAGAAAAACAAAUCUCUUGUAAACAUCAAAGAUAUAMAUUCAACCAUUUUAAAACUCCUGGUGGAUUUUAUUUAUACUGGUGAAAUUGAGAUCAGCGAGGAGAACAUGAUGGAAUUAAUGCAAAUGGCCAACAUUUUUCAACUAGAUUCCGUAAAAGCUCUAUGUUGUGAGUUUAUUAAAGCUAAACUCAAUCCAUCAAAUUGCAUAAGUAUAAAAGAUCAUGCUGAUUUGUAUGAUAAUAUGGAACUGUCGAAAUGUUGUGAAGAAUAUAUUAAAAAACAUUUUUCAGAAGUGAUUGAGCAAAAUGAAUUCUUAUCUUUAACUUCUGAAGCCAUUAUUGAUUUUAUCUCCUCUGAUGACAUUGCUGUUCCGUUUGAAGAAAAAUAUUUAUACGAUAAUGUCUAA